AUGUCCACUUCAGCAGAAGUUGCAACUCAAUCUAAUGAAAGUUUUACUCGCGAAUAUACCCUCCGCUCUCGCCCAGUCAAAUCAGAUGAUUCAAGUGGGAGAUCUUUAUCUCAUGAACUCGAGGACCUGGCUAAGAAUGGUAGUGGACGGUCUACCUCUGUUCCUCCCGAUGCACCGCCUUCCCUGCAGUCAUUGUCCACUGCCCAGCAUCAAGUUCGAGAGAAACGCCGCAGACUCUUCCCAACAAUUGAAUAUGCGAGUCGGGUUUCCCAUUUUGAUUCCAAAAGCGAAUAUAGAGAUUUUAAGGGAUUUUAUGUCCUUUUUUGGAUUGCCUUGACCAUCAUGACUAUUACAACCGUUAUGAGGAACAUCAAAGAUACGGGAUUCCCUACAAGAGUUAAGAUAUGGCAGUUAUUCAGGAUCAAAGUGUGGGAGCUCGCUGUAGCUGAUGGAUUCAUGAUACUGACAACCACCGUAAGCCUACCAUUUCACAGACUAUUUCGAAGUAAACAGGGCCAAAGAUGGGGGCUGCAAUGGAACGUGGGCGGAAUGAUAGUGCAGAGCAUGUAUCAAGCUUUGUGGUUUGUCUUCUGGGUAGCGAUUCCCUUUGCUCGCUCCUGGACAUGGACUGCCCAAGUUUUCCUAAUACUGCAUACAUUUGUGCUGCUCAUGAAAAUGCACUCAUACGCUUUCUAUAACGGACAUCUCAGCGAGACAGAACGACGAUUACAGUCCUUAGACCAACCAGCCACUGCCUCAAAGGCACCAGCCUACCAGUAUCCUGGUGUGGGUGAGGUACCACUUCCAAAGGCCUCAAGUACGUCCGACAGAGAUCUGAUUCAGCUUAGAGAAGAUCUUGCCAUGGAGCUUACAUCACCUACUGGAUCAUCUACAUACCCAAAAAACUUGACUUGGUCAAAUUAUUGGGACUAUCUCCUGUGUCCUACCCUUUGCUACGAACUGGAGUAUCCACGAACCGAUAGAAUCGUUUGGAGUGCACUUGGAUAUAAAGUUCUUGCAGUUUUUGGUGUUAUAUUUCUUCUGACAAAUACUUCGGAAGAAUUCAUUGUCCCUGUGCUGGCUGAAUCUGCAGAGCGUUUGGAAACUGCCAUUUCCCUGUCUGAAACUAUCUUGAUCCUAGCCGAAACUGUUUCCUUGCUCCUCUUUCCUUUUAUGGUCACAUUUCUGCUGGUGUUUCUAGUCAUCUUCGAGUAUGUAUUAGGGGCCUUUGCCGAAAUCACAUGUUUCGCAGACCGUCAUUUCUACUCUGAUUGGUGGAAUAGCACCGACUGGCUAGAAUUUUCGCGGGAGUGGAAUAUUCCGGUCCACAAUUUCUUCCGGAGACAUGUAUAUAGUGCAUCAACGCCACAUUUUGGACGUCCAAUGGCAACUCUCAUUACUUUUCUUAUUAGCUCACUUGGACAUGAGCUUGUCAUGGCCUGUAUCACCAAGAAGGUCCGCGGAUACGGUUUCUUGGCCCAGAUGAGCCAAUUACCUCUAGUAGUGCUACAGCGGACAAAGUGGGUUCGUGAGAAGAAGCUACUCAAUAACAUAUGUUUUUGGUGCUCUACUAUCUUGGGUCUGAGCACGAUAUGUUCACUCUAUGUAUUAUGCUGA